AAAUUAAAUACUCCACCAAUCUUGAAGGCCCCAAAAGAAAGGAAGCCCAGCAAGAAGGAAGGAGGCACCCAAGGGAAGGCAUCUAGUCUGCCAGCGAUCCUCUACAGCUGCGGAAUUUGUAAAAAAAACCAGGACCAACAUCUGCUUGUACUGUGUGACACAUGCAAGCUCUACUACCACCUGGGCUGCCUGGAGCCACCACUAACACGAAUGCCCAAGAAGACCAAGAACAGCUAUUGGCAAUGCUCUGAGUGUGACCAAGCCAGCAGCGAUGAAGCUGAUAUUGCCAUGGAGACGUUACCAGAUGGCACCAAGAGGUCCAGGAGGCAGAUCAAAGGACCGAUCAAAUUCAUCCCACAGGAGAUGUCACCAGAGCCCAAGAAACAUCAAAGAACCAGAGGGCAGAAGAGGAAGAGAGUUCCAGUCUGUGAGGAGCGAGAAGAUAAAAUUGAGGAACCUCUGCCACGGGAACGGCGACAACGCCAGUCUGCAAUGCAGAAAAAACCAAAAGCUGAUGACACGAGGACUGAGUGUACAACCUGCAAAGGACCAGGCGACAAUGAAAACCUUGUGAGGUGUGAUGAGUGUCGACUCUGCUAUCACUUUGGGUGUCUGGACCCUCCACUGAAGAAAUCACCCAAGCAGACAGGAUAUGGCUGGAUCUGCCAGGAGUGUGACACAUCCUCAUCUAAAGUGAGUGUGCAUACAGUCUAUGUGUAUAACUCAGAAAGAAACUUGAGGACUGUUGUUAGUUACAGUUCAGAGGUACUAUAACUUCAUUUUAACUACUACUUCUUUUUGACUGUAACAUAA